AAAAUUUUCUUAUCCGAUUAUAUUUUGUUAAUUAUAAAUAUUUAUCCAUAACAAACAGGUAGCGUAUUUUCAAUGAAGACUUGGGCAACCCUUCCUCCUUUCAAACAUUACCCAGCCAGCUCUUCGUUAGUUGUUGAAAAUUCAACGAAAUUUUUAGUUAAAGUGCGGUAUUAAGUAUUAGAGUUAUCAGCUCUUAUUAUUUUUUUAUGAUAUAGGAAGCAAAAUAAUACGCGCUAGUCUUUCACAUUUUCAAAUAGAAGUUGCAGUACCUAUUGUAGUAGCUAUAGACUACCCAUUUGGUACAGGUACAGAACGGACGCAUCAGCUGAAGCAGCGGCAGCUUUGGGGAUAUUUAUUGAUCGUGAAGAUGUCAAGCCCAUUGAUCGUGAAGAUGUCAUGUCCAUUGAUCGUGAAGAUUUCAACUCCAUUGACCAGAAUCUUGAUACAUCUCCCAACUCCUCUAAUCUGGCGUCCAAAGUACAGCGUUGUUAUACAAAGCGUAAAAGUGAUAUAAUAAGAGUAGAAAAAGCUCAAGUUGGUGUUUCAGAAAAGAAACGUGAUAAUCAGUCAUCAGCAGGUGAGUCAAAACCCUCAGAUAUAGUUAAUGUGACAGAAAAACGAGAAAAUGGUGAUGCAAUUGUUGUCGACAAGAUUUCCAAAUCAAAAGAUGUUGCAGAUCCGAAACAACCUUCCAGUGCUGAAUUAUCAAAUUCUAGGAAACGCAAAUUCUCGUGUAAAGUGGAAGAUUGCCAUUCAUCAUUUUUCCACCGUGGAAGCUACUUGCGCCACAAGAAGAUGUAUCAUGAAACAUCAAACUACAUUUGUCGGAUCUGUUUCAAGUCAUUUGAUGAUAAAGGUGAUUUGCAGGCUCACCAAGAAAAUUAUCAUAAGGGGCUGAGUAAUUUGAAGCCUGUGUGCAGUCAUUGCAAUAAAAUGUUCUCUAGUGAGGAUUACAGAGACAGACAUCUCAAUAAAGUGUUGAAAAAGGGCAGCUCACUGAAUUGUGGAAAGUGCACCAAAAUCUUUCAUAGUGUUUCUGACUUUAAAUACCACAUGAAGCACACUCAUGUAGAAGGCAGAACAUUCUCAUGCAAAGAAUGUUUCAAGUUAUUCAAGCGUGAAACACACGCAGCUGCUCACAUGAAAACGCAUUCCGCCCGUUCUCUUUUCACUUGUGAGAUUUGUAACCAAGACUUCAAGAAUUUACAUUUCCUAAAACGUCACAGUACAGUGCAUGAUGCUAACAAGCAUACUUGCUCUGUGUGCCAUGCAGGUUUCGCAUAUUUAUCGUCGCUUACAAAGCACUUGAAUGACCAGCAUCCAAGAUUCAAUCAACAAUUGAAAGACAAAAAACAAAUUAAAAGUGAAGGAAAAUAUUCAUAUUAUACAAUGGUUGGGAUGGGAUAAAGUUGAAUUGAAUAUUUCAAUGAAGAGCUCAAAUUCUUUUGUGAUGUUUCAAGAGCUUAGCUACCUACUCUAGUAGUGUUCCAAGUUUGUCUUCAACCGGUUUAGUAGGACUUCUCUCACUACGUUUUGUCCCCAUUUCUUUUAUGGUACUGUUCACCAGAAUGUUAGAAUAUUUUGAUGUCAUUAAGUUUAGGGUGAAAUUACUACGUAAGAUCCUGACUUUCAGCUUGUAGGUAUGUCGGUAUAAGGCUAGUCAUUAACAGUUUAACAUGCACGCAACAAGCAAAAUUUUUUGAGGUAGCUAUGGUUUUUGUAUCUCCACUUUUUGUUGUUUAUCUUUUCUUCGCUGCCCCAUUUAAGGCUGAAUUAUAUUUCUAUCAUUAUAAUUUGUAAUUUUCCAGAGCUUUAUUUAUUUUUAAUGGUUGUUUAUUUUAUGUGACAUGCAUGUUCUAUCAUUAGUGGCCAGCCUAAAAAAAAGACCAACAGAUUAUUUCAUAAUUCCCAGAAACAGACAAUUUUUUAAAACCUUGUUUGUUUUCUGAAUAACAUUACUAUAUAGAAAGUUGUAUUCUCUGAAGGAAUAUAAAUUGAAGUAUAAGGCUAAUUUAUUCUCCUUGUAUAUUUUUAAAGAAAAAAUGAAUUUACACUUUCAUAAAGCUAUACAUCAUCAAAUUCCCACCACUUGGGUGAGAAAGAAACAUUCUACUUGGUCUAAACCUUUAUGGUAUGUAAAAACAAACAGGGGUGGCAAUCCCCCUCUCACCUGAAUUUAGAAAAAGCUCAGCUCCAACAUCACCCCACCUCCCCCCACCCUAUUAAUUGGGAAUAUCCCCUAUAAAAUGUCGUUAGUAGUCAUUUUAAACACUGCUGACCAUUUUUUGAGACCCUAAAAGAUCAGAUUUUGAGCCCCCCUCCCCCAAGAAUUUCUAAUCUCACUUUCUGCGUCCAUUCCUCCCCCCUCCAUUGUGGGUAACCUUUUGCAAGCCGCUAAAUUUAAUGUAUUUUCUUUUGGAAAAUAAGUGAUUGAGGCUUUUUUAAAAGCAUUUAUUAUUUGUAAUAAUAUGCUCAUGCAAUUUUGCCUAGUUAGUUUUGUACCUAUUUUGAAGCGUGGGUACAUGAUAUUGUUGGAUAAGUAUAUAUUUGUCUAAUAAACCUCCAUUGAAAGUUCGUGAAAGUACAAUGCGGACGUGAGAUUUACAAAAAUAGUUUUAUAUUCCAAGAAAUACUAAUAAACCUUUCUUUAAACUGUGGACCAUAUAUAUAUAUAUAUAUAUAUAUAUAUUAUAGAGAUAGGUAUGUCGAUUGAUAUUGAUCUAUAGGUUUGAUGUACUUUUAUACUAUAAAUAUGAUUUGUCUAUCAAAUAGAAGUCGAUGUUUAAUGUGUAUUUUAUAACAAUAUUGCAUUUUAUAUUCCAAGGAAUGUUAGUAGGCCUAUCUUGAAACUUGCAUAGUAGCCCACCUAAUCACAACUUAUUACCGGUUUAGAAAUAGAUAAUAGUCUACAGAGUUGGUGAAAAGUUUGGAAACAGCUGAAUAUUUCUUUUACAAGGGAGUGAUCCUCUUUGAAUAAAAAAAAACUACUUUUCUGAUGCAUAAAAAUUUUGGUCCGCCAAUGACUUCAAUGACAAUAGACUUCAAUGCUAAGGUCAGCCAAGAAAAUUUCAUGGCGGAUGUGGCCGGAAAAUUUUCAUUGCAUGAGGAAACAAGUGAUAAUGGCAGAAUGUUGGGACAGUUUGCAGCCUCCUGUAAUAUGAUCAUUGAUAGUACUUGCUUUAAACACAAAAGAAUCCACCUUGGAACUUGGUCUGUACCAGGAAGUGAUCAGGUAAAUCAGAUUGACCAUGUACUAGUUGAUAAAAGACAUGCAUCAUCGGUGAUUGACGUUAGAACACUAAGAGGACCAAAUUGUGAGACAGACCACUUCCUAGUUAGAGUUAAGGUGAGAGAAAGACUGUCUAACCAACAAAUAUGUCAGAACGAAAGAAGAAUCCGAUGGAAUUCUGCAAAAUUGAAGGUUACUCAGGAAAGUGAAAGGUACAGACAGAGGCUGGAGGAAAAGCUUGAUCAGGGUACUUGGAGACAUUCUGUGGAAGAUCACUGGAGGGGCAUGGAAAGGGCGAUAGUGGAAGCUGCUAAAGAAACAAUUGGUGAAGAGUCUAAAACGAGAAAUGGAGAGUGGUAUGAUGAGGAGUGCCGAAGGAGGAUUGAAAGAAGAAAUGAAGACAGGCAUGAUGAGGAGUGCCGAAGGAGGAUUGAAAGAAGAAAUGAAGACAGGCAAAGAAUGCUACAGAGAAGGACAAGACAGAACUAUGAAAAUUAUAGGGACAGCCGACGAGAAGCCAGCAAAACAUGUAGACGAAAGAAAAGAGAAUCAUUAAAAAGACAGCUGGGAAACAUAGACGCCUUGCAAGAGAAGAGAGAUGACAGAGCCUUCUGCAAGGAAGUGAGAAGCAUGACCAAAAGUUACCAGCCAAGAUUGAAUAUUUGCAAUGACAGGGAUGGAAAUGCUUUGACAGAGGAAGAUAAGGUGUUGGAUAGAUGGGCGGAAUAUUUUGAGAUUGCACUGAAUGAACAACAGAGAAAUGAGGAUGAAGAAAAUAGAACCUUUCUUGGACCGGAAAUCAAUGUGGAAGAGCCUACUCAUGACGAAGUAAAGCGUGCUAUUGGACAACUCAAUAACAAUAGAGCUCCAGGAAAUGACCAGAUAAUAGCUGAGCUGAUAAAACAUGGUGGAGAAGGGCUGAGCAGGGAGCUGCAUGAACUGAUUUGUCAAGUCUGGAAAGAGGAAGUGAUGCCAGGUAAUUGGAAUGUUGGAAUCAUUGUCCCCAUAUAUAAGAAAGGAAACAAGAAGGAGUGCUGCAACUAUAGAGCCAUAACCCUACUGAAUCUGGCCUACAAGAUAUUCUCAAUCAUAUUAAUGGACAGAAUUUCAAUAUAUGCAGGAAAUAAUAGGUGAAUAUCAGAGCGGAUUCAGAAGAGGGAGGGGAACCUCUGAUCAAAUAUUUACCUGCGACAAGCGUUAGAACGAUGUAUAGAGUAUAACAGGGAUGUACAUCUGCUGUUUGUGGACUUCAAACAGGCAUUUGAUUCAAUAAAUAGAGGACAGCUUGUCAAUGCGCUUGAAUCGUUUGGCAUUCCUAAAAAGCUUGUGCGACUGGUGAAGAUGAGUCUGGAAGGGUCUACGGCAAGGAUAGCAAUUGGAGGAAGGAAGAGCAGAGAGAUACGCAUCACAAAUGGAGUAAAGCAAGGCGAUGCGCUAGCGGCGGUAUUAUUCAACCUUGCCUUGCAUCAUGCUAUACAGAACCUGAACCUGGGUGGAAAUAUAUAUUUUAGAAUGAGUCAGGUAGGAGCAUAUGCAGAUGACGUGGUUUUAAUGGCGCGAAAUGCUAACUGCAUAAGGGAAUGCUUUUCCAGCUUAGAAAGUGAGGCACAAAAAAUGGGGUUGCAGGUCAAUGAUGGAAAAACAAAAUAUAUGAGAAUGUCCGCAGUGAACGCUAGAAGAAGAACAAUUGACUUGGAGGUGGGAGAGAGAGUAUUUGAAGGGGUGAAUGAGUUUAAGUACCUUGGCACUAUCCUCAAUGCUGGAAACAAUAUGACAGAUGAAAUUCAGAACGUAUUAUGAGUGGGAACAGAGCAUACUAUAUAAAUAAGAGACUAAUGACAUCAAAAGUAAUUAGGUAAAAAAUAAAUAGUAAAUAGGUAAAUAAAAAGUAUUAGGUAAAAAUAGUAAAAUGAAGCUUUACAAAACUCUGAUCAGACCUAUUGUAUGCCAAGGUUCUGAGUCAUGGACAAUGACUAAGAAAGACGAAGAGGCAUUGAGGGUAUUUGAGAGAGGAAUUGUGAGGAAAAUUUUUGGUGCGGUAAGGGUAGCAGCUGAUACAUGGAGGAGAAGGAGCAAUGCAGAGGUGGAGGAAGCACUGCAGGUUGAGAAUAUUGUUAGAUUUGUCAAGGCCCAGAUAAUAAGAUGGCUUGGCCAUGUGUGGAGAAUGGAUAAUGAGAGGCUUCCAAGAGCGACACUGAAUGGAAAAAUAAAUGGACCUAGAAGGAGAGGUCGUCCAAGAAAGAGAUGGAUAGAUGGUGUGGAGGAGGACCUUAGAGUGAUGGGAGUGAGAAACUGGAGAGAGUUGUGUCAGGAUCGACCGAGAUGGAGGAGAAUCGUGGCGGAGGCCAAGGCCCACAGAGGGCUGUAGCGCUAUAGGGUAUGGUAUGGUAUCUUGGAACCGCCAUUUCGAAUCCAACUAUUAUUUUAAAUGGGAAGGAGGGUCAUAUUAUACAUGAUUUCGAUACAGAAUUUUAAGAGAAAAAUAUUGACAAAAAACGUAUAUCAAUAUCUCAAACCGUUUCAAAGAUAUUUACAUUCAAAGAUAUUAAUAAAUCAUACAAAAAAUAAAUAAAUGAGUACAUAGAAAAUCUAAAAAAAAAUCUAAACUAUAAAAUUUUACUUUUUCAAGUGUUAGUACACACUUAUAUAACCUGUAUUCACUAAUCUGCCAGAUAACUGAAGCUACUGAUUAAUCAAGCUACUGAUUUAUUUCAUUUUAGUAUGAUCUAUUAGUAUCUUUGAAAGUAAAUAACUUUAAAACUGGUUGAGAUAUCGAUAUGCGGUUUUCGCCAUUCAUUUUCUUUUGAAAUUCUGUAUGGGGAGAAAAUAAAUCUAUCCUAGUAAAAUAAAUAUUAAACUGUAUCCAAACUUUUCACAAACCCUGUAUGUAUUUGAAGAACACAUUGAUGUUGGGAACCUUUCCGUCAUUGAAAAAAUGGGCCUGAAUAUAAGCCUUGAGCACACCACUGUAAUUCUCAUGAUGGUGGCGACAAUUAUUUGAAGCAAAUUGCAUUGGAGUGCACAAGGCUUUAGUCAAGUUUUCUCAGGUAUAGAUUUGUCAAUGAACCCCUUAUUAUAUUGAAUGUUGCUAUUUUAAUGUGAAAUUUGAAUAUUUUAUUACCGUAUAUUGAAUGUUAUAUUGUAAGAAACUAGUAAGCAAGCGUUUUAAUAUAAAUUAUAUUUAAUUUAUUCAUUUUUGUUGUUGCAAACACUUGACAAUCCGUUAACAUAAUUACCACACUCUAAUAUAAAACUUUCAGCUCUGGUAAUCUUUCAGUAAUCUCAAGUACAUAAGUACAGUUCGAAUCUUUCAUAAUAAUAAGAUUCAUGUUAAACUGUCAGCAUUGCGCAAGGACUUUCGGACGUUGGCUGUCACUAUAUAGGCAGUGGCAGUCAUAUAACACUUUACCCUACUUCAACUCAGCCAAUGCUGACAAUUUGAAGUGAAUCUCACUAUUUUGAUAUUCAAGUUUGACCUACAAUAUCCGGCCUAAGUAAUUGUAGAUGAAAUGGAAUUUACAAAAGUAUAAUAGAACGUUGAAAAGCUCCAUUCCAAAACAACUAUUUUAAUUAAGAGAAGUAGUCAUAUCUCUUACAAAAAAUAAUUGUAUUUAAGGCUGAAUUAUAAGGCUGUGCAUAUAAAAGUAUUAGAAUUGGAGUAUAUGGAACUGAAUAUUUUUAAUUUUUCUCCAAUAAAAUAAGACUUCUUUAAUCUUUAUUUUAGAAAAUAUAAUAUUACAAUAACUAUAAUUUUUUAUACAUUUGUUAAUUUUUAGUUUAUUUUCUAUUCUUUAUAAGUCUUUAAUCUAGAGUAGCCUCUUGAAUUGAUUUAUCAAUUAGAAUAUUGUCUUUGAAUGUAUUUGUAAGUUGUUAUUAGUAGUUGGCUGUUUUGAUAUACAGGCUUACAUAGAUGUUACCAUGUAUUACCUUACCCCAUUUUAUAAGCUUAUAAAAUAAGUGAUUGUUCAAUAUAAUAUGCUAUGUAGUUGGAUAUCUCAAUGGUGUAAUUUGUUGAGAAUGAAAAGGAAAUUAUGAUCUCAUUGUAUAUUUUAUGCCAUUUUUUAUUGUUAUUAUAUUUCUUAAUGGGUAUGUAUCCCCAAAACAAUGAUAUUGAUAUCAACUGAUAAUCCAUUGACAAAUCAUAAUAAUGUCAAUAUUUUAUUUUUAUCAGACACUGUAAAAUUUGACUUGCUGUACAUUUCCAACUUUCAACAUGUCUGUAUUGUAGUUAAAAAAAUAAAUGGAAUUGUGAUCUUUCUAGAUUA